AUGCUGAGUAUGAGCGCGAGCGGCGACGCGUGCAGGUUCUGCCACUGCCCGCACCCGCCUCGGCGCGUGCCCCUCGGGAAGCGGCACAGGCAGGUUUCGGAGGCGAUGGCAGCGGCCGAGUGCUUCGGCAUCUUGCUGCCCGUCCUCGAGAGGAAAAUGAUCACGCUGCGCUUGGCCACAGACACGCUCCGGUUGCUGGCUGGUCAGCUAUGCGCUGGGCUAGGCGGGGCCCCCGUCGAUGCUGGCAGCAAGGCUCGAGAGCUGCGGACUAUUGAGAAUGCUUUUGGGGCUAUGUCGAUGCGGUCGCUGCUGGUGGUACUGCAAAGGAAGAUGGGGCCGCAAAGAUCACGCGAGAAGGCCUUGCUCGACACGCUUUUUCUGGAAUUGCGCGAGGCAGGCUUCAUCGUUGACUUCGGGUCGGUGGGUCAGGGGGAUGCUUGA